GGUUAUCCUUCAGCACAUGCCUCGCGCUGCUCAUUGCUUUUAGGGAACAUGCUUCGCAAAGGCCCAUUCUGCAAGUCGCUGCUAGAUUUGCCACUUUUGCCCUCAAGGCAUGUCUUGGGCAUCGCGCUGCUGCAGCGCUCGGAUGUUUUCGCGCUGUCCUCGGCUGCCGACGAGCUCAAACAGCUGGGUUUGGAGGCUUCUAGCUUAGCAGGAGCCUUUGUGAUUGUAUCAGAAGCCGGCGGCUUACGUCAACGCAAGCUCGGGCCCUGCGCACAUGGUGACGCAUCAACCAUUGUCGUUGACUACGACGGCAAAUCAAACGUGGCGCUUGCCGUCGAUUCGGUGCUCGACCGCGACCUGACCGAGCAGCAGUGGCGGCAAGUGGAGGCUGACUAUUGCAGUCGGCUGCUGGCUGGACAUGCCGAGCCGGUGACUCUGCGUCAGGUCGCCGGCGCCUUCGCGCGCCUCAACCGCCUGCACCGCUGCUGGCUGCUGCUGCACAAUGCGGCAGCCCAGGCGCCGGCGCCCGCAACCCCCGCGGGCGGCGGCCCCGUCAGCGCCUGGCAGGGAGGUGCCAUGCCGCCUGCUGCUGGCGCCAGCGUGCCGACGCCGACCCAGAUGCCACAUGUGCUUGAUGAGGCGCGGCGCGAGCAGCUGCUGCAGGCGCUUGAGCGUCCCGCCUUCAACGACUGCAAGUUGUUGGACUGGCUGGGCCGCGUGGUGCCGUGGGAUGAGGGACUCGCCAUGGAGCUGGCUAGCAGCAGCCUGCAGCAGCCGUUAGGGCCCCAGCUACCCGACGCGGCGGCAGCUGGGCCACAAGCGCAGCAGGAGGAGCAACUUCAGAAGCAUCCGCUUAUCGAUCAGGACGGCAUGAAGCAGCAGCAGGAGAGGCAACGUGCAGUAUCGGCUGAGGAGUCUGGGGACCCAAGCCUCGCCAGGCGGCUCGCACCGCGUGCGGCGGCGGAAGCGGGAACGGCAGCGGUCGCCGUGGAGGCUUUGCCGGGGGAGGGCCAGCGGGAUCUGGCAGCGGGCCAGAAGGUGGAGGCUCAGGAGGCGCAGGGCCAGACGGCAACGGGCCAGCGGGCGCAGGGCCGAAAGGCGGGCUCGGACGCGCAGGCCCCCCAGCACCUGGCCAAAGCGGUCGUGUGCCCAGUGUCACCGCCGGCCGGCCCAGUGCCGCAGAGCGGAGCUCCGCACGCGCCCUGUCAGGUGCCGCCGGGCGCAGCCGCUGCGCCGCUGCUGCCGCCAACGGGCGCAACAGGUGCGCUGCCGGCUAGCCGUGCAUGUGCAGCAGCGGCCUCCAGCGCGGCUGUGCUCGGCACCACCGGCGGUGCACCCGCGGCGCCUGGCAUGGGCCCGCAGCAGGAGGCCGCAGGAGGCCGGCGGCGGCCGCGCUUGCGACCGUCCAUCCACUUCAUGCCGGCGGCAAAAGGAUCAGGAGAUCAGCAGCAGCAGGCGGCGGGGUGCGAGCAGCUCGAAACCGGCCCGCCAGCUGCAGCGGGCCCCUUGCCGCGCGCUGCGGGCCCUCUCGGCACCGCCGCCAUUUCCAGCCGGCAGCCGCAGCAGCCCGUCAACGCCGCCGCAGGCGUGCCAUUAAGCCACGUGUCAGAACAGAAGCAGAUUGGGCGGGGGCUUGCUUCGGACGCGCGGCAGGAGGAGGGAAACCGGUCUCGCCAGCGGCGCUCGCGCUCGCCUGUGUGCAUUAGAGACAGAGACAGCUCGCGCCCAAGCUCACGCUCGCGCUCACGGCCGCGCUCACGGCCGCGCUCACGCUCAGUAACACGCUCGCCAUUACGUGCACGGCGGCCGCGCUCACGCUUACGCUCGCGCUCGCCCUCACAAGCACGCUCUCGCUCACGCUCAUGUUCACACACACGCUCACGGUCACGGUCACCCUCGCGCUCGCGCUGGCGUGCACGCGAGUGCGCGGACACGCACACCCGGUCGCCAGACCGGCGACAGGACUCGUGUGACGUGAGGGCGGAAGAGGUGGCCUGGGCGCGGCAGCUGCACGAGUGGCUGCUGUGCGAGCCUGAUCGCACGGCUGCGGUGCCUCGGAUACUCAGGAUGAACAUGGGCGUGCCGGUCCGGGUGUUGGCUACGACGCGCCUGAAGCCGAUUGUGUUCUGGGAGGGCUACCCAGGCCUGUGGGAGUUCCUGCCAGGCACUCGGGAGACGCCGCCGGCUCUGCGCGCCCGCCCGCCGGUGGGCGGCGCAGCGCCGCUAGUCGCUGUAGCGGCAGUGGAGCGGCAGCCCCUGCGCACACCCGCCCAGAUGGAGGUGGCCUACAUCCGCCGGCUAUACACCUUCCUGCUGACCCGCACAGGCGGCGCAGAGACCGGGGACUUCUUAAGGCUAUCCAUCAACGUGCCGAACGCCGUGCUGUGCGGCCGCCGCGUGACGGCCUUCCUCGAGUCGUACCAGGACGCGGGAGUGCUGGAGCUCAGCAGUAGUGGGGGCGACAGGGAUUCGGUGGUGGUGCGGGCGGUGGCGGGGCCGAGGGCGGAGGCGGCGCUGCAGGAGGCGUGCGAGCGGCUGCUCAAGCAAGACAGACGGAAGGAGGGAUGACAGGCGAGUGAGACGGCGGCAGUGGGCGGGGUUAGAGAGAGGAACAGCGUUUCAGAGUGUUCGCGAGUUGGAUGAACGGAUCGCAGGCGUGAUGGGCCGCGUACGAGGUUUUUCAUGCCGUCUUGGCAACUGGUAGGCGGCCCUGGGCCCGGCGGCAGCGGCCCUGGCCCCAGCAGUUGCGGCGUGCAUGUGCGUAGCGGAGGGACUGAGCAAGGCCACGUAGAGGAGGACAGCGCAGCGUCGCCCAAGAAGCGGCGCCGGCGCGCAGGUUGACGCCGGCCGGAGUCUGGUAAGCGGUCUAUGCUAUGUACCGGUAUGUGGUAGGCUGCAGCAGUGAGGAGUGUUGUGGCUAGAGGGUUUCCUGCUGUUUGGUUGAUUGCUGGCUGUGCUUGCGCUUGGCAGCGGGACCUGGCUGGACGCCUGGCGGGCCGUGCUUGUCCGAACCGACCCCGGCUUCGUAUGUCCGGGAGAUGAGUUAGUAGCUUGCGGCCUCAGACUGGACACGUGGCGUGGGCUCAGCCUACUUUGCAGUCUUUUCUUUUGCGAGGGAAAAUAUCUAUGCCGUCUUGGAAGGUGCACUGGAAGUGUGUAAUUGGCAGAUGGAAUGAUGGAGUGCUGGAAUGAGGCUCGGAUGGGAGAGGUUUGCAGUAGUUGGACAAUCUACAAGAUGGACCAAGUGGUUGUACUACCGGUAGAUCAAAGGCGAUGACGAGCCGCGACAGGAGCAAUGCAGCCGAACAGCCCCGAUAUUGCUGCCAAGAUUGCUGCCCUGCCUGGGGGUCUCGACAGGCCUGACAGCUGCAUGUGAACCGCUGAUCUGCACCCUGCCAUAGGUGUUGCUGACCAUGGCCAUUAUCUUGCGUAUACUGUGA